GAUUGUUGCUGAGGACCUCCGCUGUUCACUGUGCGCGGAGGAGACCGACAGAGAGCGGCACCGGGAAAACACUAAAUACUGAUGCUUUUAAACAUGAUCUCGCCUUCGCCUUUGAGGGAACCCAGAAAACAGCGUAAAGUGGCGUUAUUCUACCUUUUGUGGAGUAUUACAGGAGUAUGGGGCAGUCAGGUGAUUGUCCCAAAGCAGGUGAAUGCUGUGCUGGGGAAGAACGUGACCCUGGACUGCACUGUGGACGUGGGCUCAAACCUCACGCUCACUCAGAGCUCAUGGGAGCGCCGUUUGCCCACUGGCUCCGUCACUGUGGCUGUGUACAACCCUCGAUUUGGGAUCUCCAUCCCUCCGGAGUUCAGCCAGCGCUUGUAUUUCCGCUCGCCCUCUUCCCAUGAUGCCACUAUUGUACUUGAAAACGUGGGCUUCUCUGAUGUGGGAAUGUACACCUGUAAAGUUGCAACUUUUCCUUUGGGAAACACACAAGCCUCUACAACCGUCACUGUGCUCGUGGAGCCCAAGGUCUAUGUAUCCGCUGGGUCCACUGCCCUCAUUGACGGUGGUAAUGAGACUGUGGUAGCCACAUGCAUUGCGGAGCGGGCUCGACCAGUGGCAGAGGUGUCCUGGGAGUCCAACCUCUUUGGCCAGUCAGAUGUCCAGCUUUAUAAUGAAGCCAAUGGCACCACCAGCGUACAGGCACGGUACCUAUGGCAGCCCACACGCCACAUUCAGGGGCACACACUCACCUGUGUGGUCCGCCACCCAGCUCUGCAGACAGAUUUCAGGAUCCCUUACCAGCUCAAUGUGCAAUUUGCCCCGGAUAUAUCAGUGGUUGGCUACGAUGGAGACUGGUAUGCCGGUCGAGAAAAUGUUCAGAUGACCUGUAAGGCCAAUGCUAACCCUCCAGCUCAUCACUUCAGAUGGAUCAGAUUAGACAGUGAAAUGCCAGAGGGCGUUGAAGUAAUAAACAGCACUUUGCUCUUCCUGCGUCCCCUCCAGCGAAAUGACUCUGGAGUUUACAGGUGUGAGGUUGCCAAUGACAUCAACCUCCGCAGUCGCGAUGUGCGCAUCCUCAUACAAGAUCCUCCUGCCAUGCCCUCCACCAUCACUGCUCCUGUGCUAACUGCCUCCUCCUCCUUAGUGGAUGAUAAGGCCCAUGUCCUCCUCAGCUCCCCUACGCUUCAAGCCAUCCCUGUCGGUAAUGUCGGGUCUGUAGUGGGUGGGGCAGUGGGCGGGGCACUGUUCCUGCUGCUGGUGCUAUCAUUAGCUGGAGUGCUUUAUUUAAGAAAGCAGCAGACCUUUCACGGGACCUACUACAACAAGCACUACAUGGGCCACAACGACCUGCAGAAGCCCACCCAGCACGAGCUCCAGCCCACCAAAGGAAGCAGCCAGGCUGACCAUGACCGCGAGGAGUGGGGCGACCGACAGCUCAAAGAGGAACGUGAGCGGAGGAACCAUAAUAGUUACCAUGGAGAGGACUACCCCGCUAAUGGUUACACUAGAGCCAUGAGGGAGAGUGGACAACUUAAUCAUCAGAAUCAUCAGAAUCACCAUAGUAAAUCACGAGAACAGAAGCCGUACCCAAGCCCACGGCAGGCUAAAAGUAGCAGAUAUCCCCCUGUGAAACCCCUAGAGAACUGCUCCCCCUAUCUGUCGGACGACUGUUACGACAGUGGGCCAGAGGGUGACUAUGUUGCCCACAAAGAUGGCUCUGUGAUUUCUCGUAGGGAGUGGUAUGUUUGACAAGUGCAAACUUCACUAGAUUUCACUAGAGCAUAUUUAGUCUGUGUAGAUGAACAUGAGUUUAUCAGUAUUAUACAGGUGUCUUGGGGACACUUGUUGAACUUUUUUUUUUUUUAAGUGGACAGACUGAACCCAACCACUUUAAAGUCCAAAUUCUGGACAUCACUAGUUUGUGUGAUACCUCUGUAACAUUCAAGUUCUGAUAAAUGCUAAGUUACUAAAUGUCUAUUGUGUUAAAUUGAAUCGAGAGUAUUAAAUUAGUGGGUCAUAAAUGUAAUGCUCACUUAGGUCUAAUUGUUGGUUUUGUUUACAAUAUUUAGAUUAGGGGACUUUGGCCAUAAAUUUGUUAGUUGAAUAUUUAUGGUUUAUAAAGAAUCUUUGGAAUAAGACCUAGAUUUUUCUUUGGUAUCUGUAAACAGUGAUAUUUUUCUGUGGUCCUAAACAUAAUGCACUGCCAGUUAACCAACUUUAAAUGUGAUGGCCACAUUUAGUUGUGACAAAAACAUUUUUAUUUUUUGGGAAUUUGUGAUUUCGGCCAGUGUCCACAUGCACAUCCUGUCUGUGUCUAUGGUAUAUACUGGGAAUAAUUAUUGACACUGACGUUGUAUUCCGACUAAUGAAGACGGUAAGACCAAGCAGGACUUUGCCAUACGCUCAGGUAAAUCACUACUAGAAUUUACCCUUUAGAUAAAGUAGAAAUAAUCAGGAAUGUCUGCAUUUCACCACACUUUUGAGUUUAGAUGCUUUGAACUCCUUUUUUGAUUUAUUACAUGAGAUUUUGCACUCUUGCACUAACCCUGAUCUCCUAGAGAUGAAGCAGCAGGGGCAUUGUUCAGAGCAAGCUAAAGUAUGGCGGUCACCAUGCGCUCUCUCCAUCAAAAGUAUUUUAUUACACAAAGGACCCAUUCAGGAGUUGAUUAUGUGCUGUUGCAAAAACAAUAAUUAGUAGUUUAAUUUUACAUAGCUGCCACAACCUUACCCGUAAUUUAAUUUAAAAAUAGUAUUAUGUUUUUAAUUAACUUUGUGCCACACACGCACAAUGGCACAUCAGGUAUUUCUACAGCACAUUUGUAUGUGUGCAUUUGUUCUCAUGUUCUUACAUAGUUGCACAAAUGAGUUUUACAAUUUGAUUUUACUGUAGUCCUCUGUAGCUGCCUAUUUUCCUCUUCCCUUUAGUGAAAAUUCAGGGUAGAAAUAUUUUGAUUACACUAAUUUGAUUGGGAAGGAGAUCGUACAGUCUCUUUCAGUUUGUUAGUGAUUGUGUAUAUGCUAGUUUUAGUUACUGUCACAUAAAACGGUAGCUGAAUGGAAUUUAGCAAAAAAAAGAUGUUUUUGACUUGAGGUAACAGCAGUAGCUUUUACUAAUAAAUAGUGGACUUCUGUAGCUUAAAACAAAUAAACAAAUCCUUAAUAUCAAUUUUUGUGUAAAAUUAACAGCUAUCAAAAUGUGUGUUCGCUGUUAAACGUUAAACUUUUGUUGUAAUGUGACUUGUGCAAUCAGAGAAAACGGAAUACUCCUAGAUACUCACCAAAACCUUAUUAGUAUUACUACCUGUAAUGUCAUUGGAGAUUUUUUGUUGGUCUUAUUUUAUGUAUGUUAUGUUCACUUGUGCAAUUUUCAUUCUCAGAAUGACAGCCAGGUGCACAUGAAAGUAGACAGUUUACAGUAUGUAACAUUUUGAUUGUCUUGGACCUCAUUGUUUUGACAAAUAUUACAUGAUUUAAUAUCGUAUAAGUAUUAUACACUGUCCUAUCAGAGAACGCUACAAAAUAAGUUUGACAUGAGGAUAUAUGGCUCUGUGAAUAUUUAAAGGUUUAUUGGCAACAUGUUCAGCAGAGUUCCAUCUGUUUGAAGAAUGUUGCAUUGGCCAUGUUUACAUGCACAACAAAAAUCUGGUCAUUAUUUGGUUUCUGGAGUUAAUGGAUUAUUGAAAUGGCAUGUAAACAAAAAAAUACAAUUAUGCAAAAGGGGGAGACUAAUGUGGCAAAGAUAAAAAUGAGAGAAAAUGUUAAAGAUUUAAAAAUUCAUUGUACUUAAUCCAAAUACAACAGCUUCUCAUUAAAAAUCAUUGAUUAACUGGCUCAACACCAGGUGUUUUUGUUGAUCAGAUUUCUUUCGUGCAUGUAAACACAUCAAAAACCAGAUCUAAUUAUUGGCUUGUCAGUUUUUCUAGUUAUCUCUAUUUUUACUGGCAAAGUAAAUGUACCCAGUGAGUCCUAUGACGUCGCUUCUGUCUCUUCAAUGAUGAGUUAUGUAACUAGCUCCAAGGUUGGCACCAACUGUUGUAUUCAUUUAGGGGCCUAACUUGAGGUGCUAAUUCCUAACCAAGCUACUGUUUAUUAUAAAAUCUGGGCAUCCUCCCUAUAUUUAAAAGGGAACUGUAUUUCUUUUUCAUGUAUUAUAACCACAUGAAGAGAUGAUGGUGCAGUCAAUUGCUUUUCUGACCACUCUCACGCAGCAAAGUGGAACAGGAAGUAGCUGUGAACCCUGACCCUUUUUGCUUCUAUGCACUAAGACGGAAAUGCCACUAAUCAAUAUUACUAUUUUUGCUUGACUUAUUAGUUUGCUCCCCGGCAUCUACGAUAAUAGGGUCUUAAGUCACCUGUAUCAUGAGAAAUGUCCUUCACUUUGAGUUGAAAAGUACAGCUCGUGCCUUAGAUGCUUCUAAACUACUGAAUUUUAUUUGUGGAAGUUUGGUUGAUAUUUUUUUCUGUUCCAGUGUAUUGCAGUGUGUAUGAAUUCUUGCGUGCCAUAUUCUGCCACUUGUUUCCACACACUGUAGCUGCAAACCUUGAGGCAUUUAAAUAUAUAAAAAAAAAACUUGAAUUGAAUUUUGAUAUACAGUGGUCACCCAAUUAUGACCAAGAAUUCCAGUUUGAAAGUUAAUUGCAUAUGACAUACUAGACAGGUGACAUUUUUGUUUUGAUUGUAUUCACAUGUAUUACUUCACAUUGUAGGCUCUGUCAGGGUUUCCUUUUCAAACGAAUACGUAAAGCUGAGUCGCAUUGUCAAAAAGCACCUUAUGAUUGUUUUUGUACAUAAAGAAAAUAACAGUGACAAGAGCAUUCAUUUGUCUAUUUGAGAUACUUCAGUUCAAUAAAGCACCUUAGCACCUGUG